UGAGCGCGGGGCCAAGAAGCCAAUGGACCUGCGGCUUCGAAAGGGCGGGACUUCCUGUAACGAAGUCGUGGUGAGCGGCUGCGCGAGAGUAGACACUUCCUUUUGUGGGUGGUGGCGAACGCGGGGAGAACGCCAUGAAGGCCUCGGGCACGCUUCGAGAGUACAAGGUGGUGGGGCGCUGCCUGCCCACCCCCAAGUGCCACACGCCACCCCUCUACCGCAUGCGCAUCUUUGCACCUAACCAUGUUGUUGCCAAGUCCCGCUUCUGGUACUUUGUGUCUCAACUAAAGAAGAUGAAGAAGUCUUCAGGGGAAAUCGUCUACUGUGGGCAGGUGUUUGAAAAAUCCCCCCUUCGGGUAAAGAACUUCGGCAUCUGGCUGCGCUAUGACUCCCGCAGCGGCACCCACAACAUGUACCGAGAGUACCGGGACCUGACCACCGCCGGCGCCGUCACCCAGUGCUACCGAGAUAUGGGGGCCCGGCACCGUGCCCGCGCCCACUCAAUCCAGAUCAUGAAGGUGGAGGAGAUUGCAGCCAGCAAGUGCCGCCGACCAGCAGUCAAGCAGUUCCACGACUCCAAGAUCAAGUUCCCGUUGCCGCACCGGGUCCUUCGUCGCCAGCACAAGCCACGCUUCACCACCAAGAGGCCCAACACCUUCUUUUAGAUGCAGGGUCUCUCCGUCCCUUGGUCUGCCCAAAUAAACUCUUUGGGAAAGUCGGGUGCUCA